UCGAAUCCAACCAACCACCUCUUUACUCUUUUAAAUUUUCGAACGCGUGCAUCUGUCGCCCGCUUUACGACGUCGUUCCCUAGAUCUACUCCGCCCUUAUCGCACUCGCCCUGUCCGUCCGAGUUACUUGUUUCCUCCUUCCUUCGCAUCGAGAGUUGGGUCUCUCCUCGUACAGGCAUCCGACCAUGGCUUUCGUUUCGUUCGUUGGACGCCUUCUUUUCGCCUCUGUCUUCUUCCUCUCUGCUUGGCAUGAGUUCAAUGAAUUUGGCGUGGACGGGGGACCCGCAGCCGAAUAUCUGAGACCAAAAUUCGACGUUUUCUCGAAUCAUCUGUCAACUCACACUGGUGUGCAAGUGCCCAAACAAAUUGAAAUCAAACAUUUAGUGGCAGCCAUGGUGGCAUUGAAGGGCAUUGGGGGUCUUCUCUUCAUCUUUGGUUCUUCUAUUGGCGCCUAUUUGCUGCUUCUGCAUCAGGCCAUUGCUACUCCUAUCUUGUAUGAUUUCUACAACUAUGAUCCCGAGAAGAAAGAAUUCAAUCAACUCUUUUUUCAGUUUACUCAGAACAUGGCAUUCUUCGGGGCUCUGCUCUUUUUCGUAGGCAUGAAGACAUUGAUACCAAAGAGACAACAACUCAGGAAAAGAGCUCCAAAACCAAAAACUACAUGAGAGGACGGAACCUUAGAUGAGGCGUGGGUUUAGUGUUUUUUUCUUCACCUGACUAUUCCUUGAGGAAACUAGUUUUGUAUGCCUGUAUCUCUGUCUGUAUUUCGGUCCCUCUCUUCAGAAAUUUAGGGAAACAAGAUUUUAGAGGUACGACGGCGUUUUCUUUAUUUU